AUGUUUAACCACCCAGAGUGGAUAUCAUAUCACCUAAACAGCAUCUGGAACGAGACAAACGAGAAAUGGAAUGAAGGUGAUAUGGAAUGGAAGACCGUGGGUGUAACCCCGAGUAGAUUUAUCGAUAUUCCUGGAGAUAUAGAGACAAACAAAAAAGGGCUUCCGCCAAUAGGGUUCAGGGCCAUGUUCCCUGGAAGGUGGUACUCUGUUGUUGAGUUUCCCAGCGGAAGACUUGAAAUAGGCUAUCACACGAAUAUAAUUGAUUUGGAUACAUAUGUGAUACUAGAAGCGGACCGAGGAGAGGAUUGCGGGAAAAUAGUUGGAAACAUGAGUGAACACGAAUUCGAAAGCUCUGUUGCAAAGAUAAGAGAUACAAAGAUCGAGUUUGAGCUCAAAAAGAUACUCCGAAGGGCGUCUCUUGAUGAUCUUAAUAAGCUGAGACAGAGGAAGAAGAUAGAGGCUGAGUCUCUGAAGCAAUGCAAAGACCUGGUCAAUGCUAGAAAUCUAAAUAUGGAGAUACUGAGCUGCGAGUAUCAAUGGGACAUGAAAAAAAUAACAUUCUACUUCAAAAGUGACCGGAGAAUAGAUUUUAGAGAUUUACUGAAAGAACUGUUUAAGAUAUUCAAAGUAAGAAUCUGGAUGUGUGCAGAAAGAAGAACCAAUAACGAUCUAAUUAAAAAAAUAUUAGGAUAA